AAUUCGGUGGUUGGUGGGUUUGUGUCACAUUACCUGCUGGAGAAAUCCAGGAUCUGUGUUCAAGGCAAAGAGGAAAGGAAUUACCAUAUAUUCUACAGGCUUUGUGCUGGAGCUCCUGAAGAUAUAAGAGCGAAACUGUAUUUAAGCUCACCAGAUAAUUUUAGGUAUUUAAAUCGCGGCUGCACUCGAUACUUUGCUACCAAAGAAACAGAUAAGCAAAUUUUGCAGAAUCGCAAAAGUCCUGAGUACCUGAAGUCAGGCUCUUUGAAGGACCCUCUGUUAGAUGACCAUGGAGAUUUCAUCAGAAUGUGCACUGCAAUGAAGAAGAUCGGUUUGGAUGAUGAAGAGAAACUGGAUCUCUUCCGAGUUGUUGCUGGUGUCCUACACCUUGGAAAUAUUGAUUUUGAAGAAGCUGGGAGCACCUCUGGUGGAUGUACACUGAAAAACAGAUCUACUCAGUCAUUAGAAUGCUGUGCUGAAUUGCUUGGCUUGGACCAGGAUGAUCUGCGAGUCAGUUUAACCACCAGAGUUAUGCUAACAACAGCAGGGGGCACCAAAGGAACAGUUAUAAAAGUGCCCUUGAAAGUAGAACAGGCAAACAAUGCACGUGAUGCCUUGGCAAAAACAGUGUACAGUCAUCUUUUUGACCAUGUAGUGAAUAGGGUAAAUCAAUGUUUUCCUUUUGAGACAUCAUCCUUUUUUAUUGGCGUACUGGAUAUUGCAGGCUUUGAAUAUUUUGAACACAACAGCUUUGAACAGUUUUGCAUUAACUACUGUAAUGAGAAACUGCAGCAGUUCUUUAAUGAAAGGAUUCUCAAAGAGGAGCAAGAACUUUACCAGAAAGAAGGUUUAGGCGUCAAUGAAGUACAUUAUGUAGUUAAUCAAGACUCAAAUUUGGAAAAAUGGGCCCCAGUAUCUGCUCAAGAGGUAAAAGCUUACAUUUUUCAGCUAAAGAAUGAUAAAGCUCCCGGUCUAGAUGGAAUCCCCCCGGAAUUACUUAAGGCGGAAAAGGACUGGUGGGCCACCUUGCUAGCCUCCCUAUUCACCUUUAUUGAUGAAACUGACCUUACCCCCAAAGAUUCAGUUAUGGCCAUUGUUGUCCCCUUUCAUAAGAAGGGAAAGAAAGAGGAUCCAUCAAAUUAUAGACCAGUCAGUCUUUUAAGUACUAUAAGUAAGCUCUAUACUAAACAUCUGCUUGAAAAUGUUUUGGCUUGGUUAGAGCUGGAGGAUAUUAUAGUGGAAGAGCAAGCAGGUUUUAGAGCUGGUAGGUCUACGCUAGAUCAUUGUUUGAUGUUACAACAUCUUAUUGAAAAAUACGGCUCUGGUGGACAAACAUCACUCUACGCUGUAUUUGUAGAUCUAAAAGCAGCUUUUGACACAGUUUCCCGAUCUAGGCUUUGGGGGAAAUUACAGGCUUCCACAAUCGAUAAACGACUGCUAUUUCUCGUCCAGGCCAUUCACGAGCAAACUGCCCUUAGAGUACCUAGGAAGUCUAAGCUGGCUGUUCACAGAAAUGUCCGAGAUGAUGAGGGCUUUAUAAUCAGACAUUUUGCAGGAGCAGUAUGCUAUGAGACGACUCAGUUUGUAGAAAAAAACAACGAUGCUCUGCACAUGUCCCUUGAAUCUCUGAUAUGUGAAUCCAAAGAUCAAUUUAUCCGUCAGCUCUUUGAAUCCAAUACUAACAACAACAAAGACUCUAAACAAAAAGCAGGAAAACUUAGUUUCAUCAGUGUGGGAAACAAAUUCAAGACUCAGCUAAACCUACUGCUGGAAAAGCUCCGCAGUACUGGAUCUAGCUUUAUUCGCUGCAUCAAGCCUAAUCUAAAGAUGACGAGUCAUCAUUUUGAAGGUGCCCAGAUUCUGUCUCAGCUGCAAUGUUCAGGUAUGGUGUCUGUUUUGGACUUGAUGCAAGGUGGUUUCCCAUCACGAGCUUCAUUCCAUGAGUUGUAUAAUAUGUAUAAAAAAUACAUGCCUGCAAAAUUGACCAGAUUGGAUCCUAGACUCUUCUGCAAGGCACUUUUCAAAGCCCUUGGUUUAAAUGAAAAUGAUUACAAAUUUGGAUUAACCAAAGUGUUUUUUAGGCCUGGCAAGUUUGCAGAGUUCGAUCAAAUAAUGAAAUCUGAUCCAGAUCACCUUGCUGAGUUGAUUAAGCGAGUCAAUCACUGGCUCAUUUGCAGUCGUUGGAAGAAGGUUCAGUGGUGUGCUCUCUCUGUCAUUAAAUUGAAAAACAAAAUAAAGUACAGAGCUGGUGCCUGCAUUAAAAUACAAAAGACGAUUCGCAUGUGGCUAUGCAAGAGAAAGCAUAAACCACGUAUCGAUGGCCUAAUAAAGGUUCGCACGCUGAAGCAGAGGCUUGAUAGAUUCAACGAAGUGGUAAGCGCUCUGAAAGAGGGGAAGGCAGAGGUGAAUCAGCAGAUCAAGGAUCUUGAAAGGUCUAUUGAUGCCUUGAUGUCCAAGAUUAAGGCCACGGUAAUGCCUAGAGAACAGAUACAGAAGGAGUAUGACGCUCUAGUCAAAAGCUCUGAACAGCUUCUGAGUGCAUUACAAAAAAAGAAACAGCAGGAAGAGGAGGCUGAAAGGCUUCGGCGCAUCCAGGAGGAAAUGGAAAGAGACAGGAAGAGGCGCGAGGAAGAGGAGCAGCGUCGAAAGAAGGAAGAGGAAGAAAGGCGACUGAAGUAUGAGAUAGAAGCAAAAAGAAAACAAGAGGAGGAGGAGAGGAAGAAAAGGGAAGAGGAAGAAAGACGGAUCCAGGCUGAAGUUGAGGCACAGCUGGCACGAGAACGUGAAGAAGCGAACCAGCAACAAGCAGUGCUGGAGCAAGAACGGAGGGAUCAUGAACUCGCAAUGAGGAUUGCACAAAAUGAAUCAGAACUCAUCACAGAUGAAUCUCAGCUGGAUCCAGGAUUACGCAGAGAACAAAUGGCCAAUGAAAUGUCAGACGUUUUAUCUAGGGGACCUUCAGUUCAAGCCACCAAAGCUGCAGCUGGCACUAAAAAGCAUGACCUCAGCAAAUGGAAGUAUGCAGAGUUACGUGAUACAAUCAAUACUUCUUGUGAUAUUGAACUGCUGGCAGCUUGCAGAGAAGAGUUUCACAGGCGGCUAAAAGUUUACCAUGCUUGGAAGUCCAAGAAUAAGAAGCGCAAUGCAGAUGCAGAACAGCGAGCUCCCAAAUCAGUUACUGACUACGAUUUUGCACCAUUUAUGAACAACUCAACGCAACAGAACCCAACAAGUCAAUUAUCUGCCAAACAGCAGGAGACUGAAAUGAACCGACAGCAGCGUUACUUCCGUAUUCCUUUCAUCCGUCCAGCGGACCAGUACAAAGAUCCCCAGAACAAGAAGAAAGGUUGGUGGUAUGCACAUUUUGAUGGACCAUGGAUUGCUCGUCAAAUGGAACUCCAUCCUGAUAAACCACCCAUCUUGCUAGUGGCCGGCAAGGAUGACAUGGAGAUGUGUGAGCUCAAUCUUGAAGAGACAGGCUUGACUCGCAAGCGUGGUGCUGAAAUUUUACCAAGGCAGUUUGAAGAGAUCUGGGAGCGCUGUGGGGGCAUCCAGUACCUUCAGAAUGCAAUUGAGAGUAAACAAGCUCGGCCUACUUACGCAACUGCUAUGCUGCAGAACUUGUUGAAAUAAAGUAGUCACUUUGCACUGUUUGCAACUGGCAGUUGAGAGCUCCUGCUACCUUAAGAAUAAAGGGAAGGGUU